CUCGACCUUCACAUCAGCAGUCUGCUGCGCAUGCGCAGUAGGACGCCGCUCUCUCUGAGUAUCAACAAUGGCCGUCGCGAUGCAGACGGAGGAUUUCGCUUGUUUCCCUUCAGGCCCGGCGGAGGUAAAUAAGAUGAUAAAGGAGCGCGGCGACCUGUUUUCUGACUCCCAGUGUAAAGUCUGCAGUGCUGUCCUCAUUUCAGAGUCUCAGAAGUUGACUCAUUAUCAGAGCAAGAAACACGCCAACAAAGUGCGCCGUUAUCUCUCCAUGCAGAACGAGAAGGAGCCGGCGGUGAAAAAGCUCAAGUCGUCGUCAUCUGACAGCGACUGUAACAACGGAGACACCGACCGCUUCAAGGUGUGUCACGUAUGUAACAUGACCUUCUCCGCUCCCGUGGUGGCCGAGUCCCACUACCAGGGCAAAGUUCACGCCAAGAACCUGAGGCUGAAGAACGUCGGCCCCCAGGCCCUCGUCGCCUCCCAAACGCCACCAACAGUCCAGCCCAAGAAGAAACCUGCAGAUGAUUUGAGCGGCGUGCCGGCAGCGGCUGGUGGAGGCGGCGGCGGCGGCGGCGGUGGCGGUGGCGGCGGCGGCGACAACAACAACAACCCGGACCGUUUCUGCUCCAUCUGCCAGGCCUCCUUCAACAACCCGCUCAUGGCCCAGCAGCACUACGUGGGCAAGAAGCACAAAAAACAGAUGACCAAGCAGAAACUGAUGGAGACGUACGGCCCCUCCACGGCACCAGCUUCCACUCAAAAGGGCUACCCGUGCACCAUCUGCAGCCUCGAGCUGAACUCUGUGGAGCAGUACCAGUCUCACAUCAGUGGAGCCAAACAUAAGAACCAAGUGAAGAAAUCGGGCCUGAACGCUGCAGAGAACCCGGACGCAGCAGAACCACCGUACGAGGGCGACAACCAGCACGCCGCCGGAGACAACCAGUUCACCGAGGCGGACGACCAGUACGCCCCCGGGGACGACCAGUACGCCCACGGGGAUGACCAGUACGCCCACGGGGACGACCAGUACGCCGCCGCGGACGACGCGCAGUACGCCGCCGGAGAUACCCAGUACGCUCCCGAGGACACGGAGUACUCGGAGGAGUACCAGUUUACUUGAGGCCGGGACCGGUUGGGGACUGCAGAGGUUUCAGGACUCGGAAUGACACACAACAACCAGCCCCCCCUUUAACACAUUAACAUCGACCUCCACGGACCUUCAGCCCCCCCCCCGAACACCCAGACGUGGUGUUUGAUCAUUCUGGCUUCCCGACUGAAACAGUUCUGCUCUACUGAGACGAGCUUCUGGUGUCUGAUAGGUGAGAGGACGGUGACCCUGCAGCGUGAGAUCCUCGGUUCAUCUGGUACCCACAAAACCCCCGAUAGAGGAAGUCCUCCUCUUCUGUUACAGCAACGCCUUCUCACUCCCAACUCGUCUAAUACCGCGCCUUGGCACCAGAGACCGACGCACGGAGGCGCCCUUUAGUGACUGUAUGUGACGAACCGGGCUUUCAACUAGAGGAAACGUUCCCACCGGUUAACAAACUUGUGCUUGUGUUAGGGAUGCUCAUUUUGAAAAAUGUUCUUAACCGAUAACCGACCCUCGUUAACCCAUUAUUAACUGACUAGUUUAGUGCGUGGCAUGCAGCGGUGCACCAGCUGCAGUGUAUGAACACAACAGACAACUGAGUCUCCAGUUCAGCGUCCGGGAGCGUUAACUUAGCAGCUACGAUGCUGCGUGUAGUUGUCUGUUGUGAUCAUACACUGCAGCUGGUACACCGCUGCAUGCGACGCACUGAUCUUGUCGGCUAAUAAUGGGUUAACGAGGGUCGGUUAUCGUUAAGAACAUUUUUCAAAAUGAGCAUCCCUACACCAUGUAUUAUAGAUGAGAAGGCGACUCUUUAAAUUGAUCAGAUGUGAAGUGAUCAGCUGUUUAACGAGACGGCGUCUCACUCUGUUGGAGUCGUGUGUACAGGAUGAACUGGCCAUGGCCUUUAUGUAGCCGAUACCGAUCUAUUAGAAUAUAUAGAUAUAUAUAUCUAUAUAUUCUUGGGAUCAGCUCGGGACAUCUGUAUUAUAAACAUCAUGAAGUUA